UCCCCACAGGAACUUUUUACACCGGAGUGCAAAUUUAAGGAGUCUGUUUUUGAAAAUUAUUAUGUAAUCUACUCAUCCAUGCUCUACAGACAACAGGAAUCUGGUAGGGCCUGGUUCUUGGGGCUGAACAAGGAAGGGCAAGUCAUGAAAGGAAACAGAGUGAAGAAAACAAAACCAGCAGCUCAUUUUCUACCCAAGCCAUUGGAAGUUGCCAUGUACCGAGAACCAUCCUUGCAUGAUAUUGGAGAAACAGUGCCAAAGGCUGGGGUAACUCCAAGUAAAAGCACAAGUGCAUCUGCAAUAAUGAAUGGCGGCAAACCAGUUACCAAGAGUAAGACCACAUAGCCAGAUCCUCACAGGUGUUGUGACUUACUGAGUCCUGAGUACAGUUGAGCCAUUUAUCCUUGCCAGACUUUCCCUCUGCAGUGUCCGCGGAUCAGCUCGAGGCAAGGGGAAACGCUUGCCUGCUGCUGUCUCUGAACUGAGUUGUUGCAAGCGGAUAAAUCUCAACAUGUAGCUCCUCCCACAAUGAGAAGACACCUGGAUAAACCAGCUAAACUCAGACCGUGGAAUGCCCUACCAGAUAUUGGAAUGCCUUUUUAAUAUCUUUUCUGUGACUGUGACACUUCAUGUGAAUGACAUACUUCACAAGUACACUUGAUACCUUGCCUGCUGACAACUACCCAUAAUCCCUUUUUGAGUCCAGUUUCAGCAAAAUCCAUGUGUUUAAGUUCUAUUUUGUAGCACACAAAUAAUCAAGUAAUUUCUAGUUAGAUGCUGUAAACCUGUGCUAUUAUGGAUUUCUCUUCUUCCCUUUUUUAUAAGGCUGCUCGCUCCACUGUCUGUGAUCUUUUGCAGGGAUUGUGUUUCUCUAUAACUUAAGUGUUGCCGGUGGCUUAGUUUUGAAAGCAAUCAGGGAAUCAGGAAGCCUUCAAAAAUCUAUUAUUGCGAAUUAUAUCUAUAAAGAGUAGGUUGUUGUCUCUGACUUACAAUAUUGAUUAAAUGUGAAUAGUCUUAGUAACAGAUACUGUGCUCCUGAGGUUGGCAUCAAAGUGGACGGAAGACUGUCAAACACACCCAAUGAUAGAAAGUUUUCCGAAGAGUGUUUGACAUGCCCCUAUAGUUUCUUUUUGUGUGUGUGUUUUAUACAUAUCACAGGCUUACUGGUAAUGGUAACAUUUGCCUUGCCCAGCGAGCAAGACCCACUCAUUUUUGGGAAAGUGGGUCAAAAGAACUCUGUAGGCCUUGUAGGCCUGAAUUAAGGCUCAUUUUUCAUCUACUAAAUCCUCAUUAUUUGAAAAACAACCACCACCAAUAACAAAAAAAAAGAGAUAAGACUAACCAGAAUUGCGCUACCUAAGUCCAUUUCAAAUAUAAUCCUUUCCUGUUUUUAGGGAACUGAACUUAAUGCCAUUGUUAUUUUUGGCUGAAUUCCACACAUACUUAGCAAAGCAUGGGCAAGGAUGUUGUUGUGUUCCUUUUUGCAGCACCAGUGCAAAGGGUAGUUACAAAUUAUAGUUUAAUAUUUCUGGUGUUUUUAAAACAACGUUUAAAACUGGACAUAUUAUAAAACUUUAUUUUUAAUUUUAGCUCAGCAUGCAAAGUCCAGUGCUAUGUAUGUCACCAGUAUGUAUCUCUACCCAGCUUCCUCUGGUAAUAUGCCCACCAAAUUGCUAGAUUAAAGGUGCCUUGCCUUGAUCUCUGUAUACUGUACCUUCUCCUACAUGAAUCUAGAAGAAA